AUAAUUUGAGUGAAUUUGAGGCUCCCAAGCAAAACAAUAAAUACCGAGGCUGAAAUAAAAACCUGCAGAGUAGACAUUUCAUGCACAUUAUUUCUCUCACACUCGAGUCGAUAAACUUAAAUAUCUGUGCAGAAUUCUCCUUGACAUUUGUUGCACACAUUUACACCGUUAUUUCACUAACAUUAAUUUUCACUGCCAUUUUAAGACUCUACUAAGGAAUAUGUGGUUAUCGUAUCCAAGCGAUGCCUACUGCGACCGGUACUACCACAAGGUGCCAAAUUAUUCACACUCUCUUCUCCCUAAUGAGUUGGGAUUCGCAGAAGUUUUUGAAGAUGACUAUAAAACACAAGUGAAAGUGGACGUUGUUAAUUUUACCGUGGAUGAAAUCCUUGUGACCACUGAAGAUGGAGAACUCGUAAUAAAGGGAGAGCACGAAGAUAAGGAAGACGAGUACGGAUUCCUCUCCCGAUCCUUCACGAGACGCUUCCACCUUCCAAGUAAUGCAACUGAGGACGGACUUCGUUGCGACGUUGAUGUCGAUGGCAUCCUCACCGUAACCGUGCCACGAGAGAAACCAGAUGUGAAUAAAAGUGGGAAAGUUCACACCAUUAUUUCUCCAGGAAAACACCCCGGUCAUUCUAAGGGGUUCUUAGGAAAAAUUAUGUCGGCUGUAUUAACGUCCCACGAAGAUCUUCCUACAAUUAUUGGAGUACACAAAACGAAACACCAAUUUACCGUUCGUCUUGAACUACCUCAUUUUUCCCCAGAGGAAAUUAGUGUUAAGACGAUGGACGACUUUCUCGUUGUCGAAGGUGAACAUGAGGAGAAAGAAGAUACACAAGGGUUUAUCUCUCGAUCAUUUAGGCGCAAGUACCACCUCCCACUCAAUGCGGACAAGGAUAAUGUUCAUUGUACAGUUAAUGCCGAAGGGAUACUGACAGUGGCAGUCCCAAGAAUAAAUAUUGAGAGACCGGAUCAUGUCAGGGAGUACAAAAUUAUCUCCACUGCAGCCAUACCUUGUGAAAACGGUUCCCAGUAGGGUUACUAACAAUUGAAACAGAUUGAGCCCAGAAAUAUUUAGUCGCUCAGUAUCACCUGGGUCGACAAAGAAUGUAGUAUAUUGUACAGCAAUCUGUUAUUAUUAUUGAUCACUCAUUCGGUAUUUAAUAUGAAUGGAUUUAUUUCACUGUUUCCUUACGGGUAUUCGCCCAUGGAAACGAUAACAACAACAAUUCAUACAAAUGUUGCAGUAAGAAAUAGUCUUAAGAUUUAGUCUUAUGUAUUUAAUGCAGUUUAAAUUAAAUAUUAAUGUUGUUUUAUAUUAUAAAUGUUGUUUUCAAAAAUACGAGUAGAUAAUUCAGUAAUGUCCUCAGCUCUGAACCAUUAGACAAAUAUUUAUUGCCGUCACGUUUAUGAUAACAUUAUAAUUAUUUGAUUGCCUGUUGCUAAAUAAAUUCUAUAUGUGUAAUAGAAUGGUACAAAUCCAGAAAAAUACAUAUCUAACUUACGCAGCAGAUCUUACAUAUUAUAGGAUAAGUAUUACGGCGAUGAAUCCCAUCCGGUAAUAAAUUAUGCAACUCAUCAAUCUAUCGAA